CCCACCCUCACCGACAUGGUGGACCCGGACGCCCCGUGCCCCACGCGUCAUGCACUGGACGCUAGCGUGAACCCGGCAUCCGCCCCCUCUCGGCGUCGGAGACUGCGACCCGGCAAAUUCGGUAAUAGAAACAGGCGACCAAUCACCAAUGGCAACGCGCCGGCGGCUCGACGGCGUCGGACAAUUCGGGCAAUCGCGCGAUCCCAACCUCCAAGCAGCCGCCGCGGCCACGCGAGUCUACUUCCUCGUCCGUUCAUCCCCACCGAACCUGCCAGUGAACUGCAAACCUACCUACCCCCGGUCGCCGGUCACGGGUCUCCGCCCAGACUACAAAUGGAGCUCCGCACCUGCGCGGCCCCCAGUUCUGCGUCCCUCUCUUCCGGCCGUGGCGCGGUGCCAUCCUCGCGCCUCCUUUCCCGUCAAAUUUGGAGCCGAUCGGCAUACUGCACUGUCUCCUCCACCUCAUCAAGCCCUGUUGCUAGAAGGAGCCGGUUCUCCACUCUGAUGGCGACUGCAUACAACACAGGGACCCCGGACCUAGCUGACUUCAAUUGGGAUGCUCUUGGGUUUCAACUGAUCCCAACGGACUUCAUGUAUUUAAUGAGCUGUUCUUCAGAAGGGGUGUUCACAAAUGGUAAAUUGGUGCCGUAUGGGCCAAUUGAGCUGAAUCCAGCAGCCGCUGUGCUGAAUUAUGGUCAGGGAUUGCUUGAAGGUCUACGAGCACAUAGAAAAGAGGAUGGAUCAAUUCUUCUUUUUCGUCCACAUGAAAAUGCACUGCGGAUGAAAACUGGUGCAGAUCGGUUAUGCAUGCCUGCACCAAGUGUAGAGCAAUUCCUAGAAGCUGUGAAGCUAACUGUUCUGGCAAACAAGCAUUGGGUGCCUCCUUUUGGUAAAGGUUCUUUGUAUAUCAGACCACAGCUAAUUGGAAGUGGGGCUAUCCUUGGUGUGGCACCUGCCCCACAGUACACAUUCAUUGUGUUUGUUUGCCCAGUUGGGCAUUAUUUCAAGGAUGGUUUAUCUCCAAUCAGCUUGUUAACUGAGGAAGAAUACCACCGUGCUGCACCUGGUGGAACUGGUGAUAUAAAGACUAUUGGGAACUAUGCUUCGGUUGUUAGUGCUCAGAGAAGAGCCAAGGAGAAAGGCCAUUCUGAUGUUUUAUACCUAGAUCCAAUCCAUAAUAAGUUUGUUGAGGAAGUUUCUUCUUGUAAUAUAUUCAUGGUGAAGGACAAUGUUAUUUCUACUCCACUGUUAACGGGAACAAUUCUCCCUGGAAUCACAAGGAGAAGUGUGAUUGAAAUUUCUCAAAAUCUUGGAUUUCAGGUUGAGGAGCGUCCAAUCACAAUAGAUGAACUGCUUGGGGCUGAUGAAGUCUUUUGUACAGGAACAGCUGUUGUAGUGUCACCUGUUGGGAGCAUCACUUACCGUGGAAGAAGAGUGGAGUAUGGGAAGAACCAGGAGGCCGGAGCCGUGUCUCAGCAACUCUACGCCGCAUUCACAGCUAUCCAGAAAGGUGUCACGGAGGACAGAAUGGGAUGGACGUUGCAGCUAGCUUAGCAGCUUUCUAUCACAUGAUGAUUGAGCUCUACAACUCUUAUUAUUUCCGUUUCCUCAACAAGUCCCAAUUCUACCAACAGCCAUUUGUCGUGCAGCUCGCGCGCACAUCAUAUCAUUGCCCUGGGAGCAGAGGCAUUGGGCACACUGUUAGUGUGUAAAUAAAGUGGAUGUAUCUUACCUGUGUGGCCGUGUCCCAAACCAUGAUAUUCCUUUCCAUAAACAUUGUGCACACAUGUGGCUCUCUGAUGUAGCGAUGUGUAAAUUAUUGGCA